AUGUCCUAUUCUGCAGCUUUGAACCCAUCCUCUGUAAGUCACCACGCAAUUGUUCCAUUGACUGGGACAAACUUCAAGAAGUGGAAAGAGGAUGUGGAUAUAGUGCUGGGAAUUAUGGAUAUGGAUUUGGCUCUUAGAGAAGAUGAACCAGCAAGACCAGCAGAUGGAGCAAGUGCUACUCAGAGAUCGAAGUACGAAAAAUGGCAAAAGGCAAAUAGGGUUGCACUGAUGAUCAUCAAGAGAUCUAUGACUGAUGCUGUUCGAGGAGGUGUUCCUGAUCUCAAGGAUGCAAAAGCUUAUUUGGUUGCAGUGGAAGAGAGGUUCCAACGAUCUGAGAAAGCAGAAACUGGUGUGCUUAUGUGUGAACUGACAACAAUGAGGUAUGAUGGAGCUGGAAGUGUCAGGGAGUACAUUCUGAAAUUAAUUGAUAUCUCCAGCAAACUGAAGGAACUAGAGGUAUCUCUGUCUGAUGCUUUUCUUGUGCAUACCACUCUUAACUCAUUGCCUGCUGAAUUCACUACACUGAAAUCAAGUUACAAUGCUCAAAGAGAGAAAUGGAAUUUGAAUGAACUCAUAGCAAUAUGUGUUCAAGAAGAAGACAGGAUCAGAAGGGAAAAAGUGGACCUCACAGUUAACAUGAUAACUAAAAUCAACCCUCCAAAAUCCUACCCAAAUGAGUCUGCCAAAAAGGAGCUAGUCAAGAAUGUUCACUUCCCUAAAAAGACCAAUGACUUUAAGGCUAACAAAACAUCCAACUUUAAGUGUUUCUUCUGUAAAAGGCCAGGGCACAUGAAGAAAGCUUGUCAUAAAUACAAGCGAUGGUUAGAGAAACAAGAAGUUAAAGGUAACCUCCAAUCUUUUGUCUGUUUUGAGUCUAAUCUAGUUGACCUUCCUUCUAAUUCCUGGUUGCUUGAUACUGGUUGUUCUGUCCAUGUCACAAAUACUUUGCAGGGCUUUCUAAGAAAGAGAACUCCAAAUAGGAAUGAGGUCAAUGUCUUCGUAGGGGAUGGAACAAAGGUUGAAGUCAAAGCAGUAGGAGUCGUCAAUCUUCAGUUAGGAUCGAGUCAUUGUCUAGAGCUAGAUGAUGUAGUCUAUGUACCUUCCAUGAGAAGGAAUCUUAUUUCAAUUUCUAAGUUGGUUCUGUCGAAUUAUUCUUUUCAAUUCAAUAAAGAAGGCUUCAGUUUGUUUCAUAAUUCAAUUCCAGUUGCAAAAGGCCCUGUUGAAUGUGGUUUAUUUCACUUGAAUUCCAUACCAGCUGCUCUAAACACUGAAAUCAUUCCAAGUCCAACUCAAUCUGCUAGGCUUUGGCAUCAUAGGUUAGGUCACAUCUCUAAAGAUAGAAUCCAACGCUUAGUUAAAGAACAAAUCCUGCCAUCAGUAGACUUCUCUGAUCUAGAUGUCUGUGUCAAUUGUAUUAAAGGGAAAUUAACUAAGGCAAGAAAGAAAGGCUCAAACAGAAGUGGUCAACUCUUAGAAAUAAUCCAUACAGACAUCUGUGGCCCUUUUCCCAUCCAAACUCUAGAAGGCCACAGAUACUUCAUAACCUUCAUAGAUGACUACUCUAGGGGAGGUGAAUAUUAUGGGAAAUUUGAUCAAACUGGCAGACACCCUGGACCUUUUGCUAAGUAUUUGCAGGAAUGUGGAAUUGUUGCACAAUACACCAAUCCAGGAACUCCAGAGCAGAACGGUGUAGCUGAAAGAAGAAAUAGAACACUCAAGGAUAUGGUGAGGAGUAUGAUCUGCAAUUCACAGCUACCUAAUUACCUAUGGGGCGAGGCAAUAAGGACAGCAAACUACAUCCUAAACCGUGUACCAAGUAAGGCAGUAUCAAAGACCCCUUUUGAGCUAUGGACUAACAGAAAGCCGAGCCUCAACCAUUUGCAUAUAUGGGGGUGCAAGGCAGAAGCAAAAGUCUUCAAUCCACAAGAGAAGAAAUUGGAUCCCAAGACCAUAAGUUGUUUUUUUGUAGGUUAUCCAGAGAAGACGAAGGGGUACAGAUUUUAUUGUCCAAAUCAUACAACAAGGCUUGUGGAAACAGGUAGGGCAGUUUUUCUAGAAAAUGUCCAUGAAGAAAGGAAGGCCACAGAUUUCAUUUUUGAAGAGCUGGGUGAAAUUGCAAUUGAGCCAGCAAAGCAAAGUGUGCAAGUUCCACAUAUAAGUGAAAUACAAGGGGAAGAUUAUGAAGAUAUGGAACCUGAACAAGAAGACAUGAAUGAAAUUCAAGUCCAGGAAACUCAAGAUGUGAACAAUGAAGUAGUUCAGCCACAAGAAGCACCAGCUCCACAGAGAAGAUCUAACAGAAAUAGAAGACCAGCAAUAUCUCAAGAUUAUGUAGUGUAUUUACAAGAAUCAGAGUUUAUGGCAUCAGAUUUUGAAGAUCCUUUGUUUUUCAAUGAAGCAAUUAAUAGUCCAGAGGUAUUGAAAUGGAAAGAAGCCAUGGAAAGUGAAUUAGAUUCAAUGGAAAACAAUCAGGUGUGGGAUUUAGUAGAGCUGCCAGAAGGAGUGAAGCCAAUAGGGUGUAAAUGGGUGUUCAAAACCAAGAAAGACUCAAUGGGCAACAUAGAAAGAUUCAAGGCCAGAUUAGUUGCAAAAGGUUUUACUCAAAAAGAAGGAAUAGAUUAUAGUGAAACUUUUUCCCCAGUUUCAACUAAAGAUGCUUUUCGGAUUAUCAUGGCUCUUACUGCACAAUAUGACCUGUUUUUACAUCAAAUGGAUGUAAAGACAGCCUUUUUAAAUGGGAGACUGGAUGAAGAAAUAUAUAUGGUGCAACCUGAGGGUUUUAUAAAGGAAGGAGAAGAGCAUUUGGUUUGCAAACUCAAGAAGUCCAUUUAUGGACUGAAGCAGGCAUCAAGGCAAUGGUACUUGAGGUUUGAUGAAGUUGUAAGCUCACAAGGCUUCACAGAGAAUCCAGUUGAUGAGUGUAUUUAUCUAAAAUUUAGUGGGAGCAAUUUCAUCUUCUUAGUACUCUAUGUCGAUGAUAUUUUACUGGCCACUAACAAUUUGUCUAUGCUUGCUGACACAAAGUUUUUUCUGUCAUCACAUUUCGAGAUGAAAGAUAUGGGGGAGGCGUCUUAUGUGCUAGGAGUAGAGAUACACAGAGACAGAAGUCGUGGUAUGCUUGGUUUAUCACAGAAGGGAUACAUAGAAAGAGUGCUUAAAAGAUUUAACAUGUUAUCUUGUGCAUCUGGAGAAGUUCCUAUUACAAAAGGAGACAAACUAAGUAGAGCUCAAAGUCCUCAAAAUGAGUUGGAGAAAGAAGAGAUGAAGAACAGACCCUAUGCAUCUUUAGUGGGCAGCUUAAUGUAUGCUCAAGUAUGCACAAGACCAGACAUUGCCUUUGCAAUUAGUGUGUUAGGCAGAUUUCAAGCAAAUCCAGGGAAUGCACAUUGGAUAGCGGCCAAGAAAGUCAUGAGAUAUUUGCAAAGGACAAAGAGUUUUAUGCUGGUUUAUCAGAGACAAGAAAGCUUGGAGUUAGUAGGAUAUUGUGAUUCUGAUUUUGCAGGUUGUCCAGAUGAUUUAAAGUCUACAUCAGCAUUUGUUUUCUUGCUAGCAGGAGGAGCUGUUUCAUGGAAAAGUUCGAAGCAAAGCACCGUGGCUGCUUCAACGAUGCAGGCUGAGUUUGUUGCUUGUUAUGAGGCCACCAUCCAAGCAUCUUGGUUGAAAAAUUUUAUAACAGGUUUGCGUGUGGUGGAUUCGAUUGCCAGACCUGUGCAAAUUUUCUGUGAUAAUAGUGCAACAGUAUUUUAUUCCAGAAACAACAAGAGGUCAGCGGGUACAAAACAUCUUGAAAUAAAGUUUCUGUUAGUGAGAGAGAAGAUUAAGCAAGGCCAGACUCGGAUUGAUCACAUAAGCACACAUGAUAUGAUUGCUGACCUUUUGAAUAAAGCAAUUCCCAACAGUAUAUUCAAGAGACAUGUGACUAGCAUGGGGAUUUUGGCUAGUUUCGAUGAUGCAGAAUAG